AUGAACGCGAUCCAGCAAAAAUGCCGCCCGAAGCACCAAGUGCUGGUGCUCAAGUGCUAUCCGCGAACAAACAAGGGCGCCGUAGAUGUGAAGCCCAACUCGAGCGAGUUGAGCUACCUGCUGUUCUACGCCACUUCCCGCCGCUCCAAGAUCCAAAAGAUUGGUUCCUUCCUAGAAAAGAAAACGGCCAGCGAUGUCUGGCGUCUGCGCAUCGGAAAUGUCCAAGUCACCCUCCGGAUUCUCACGGCACUGAUCGAGAAAGCACCAAAGGACUUGCCGCUUGUGGCCCCAAAUGUGCUCAAAAUUCUCGAUCUUAUCCUCGGGUCAAAGGACAUAACCAUGGUCGAGUCCUCCAUCCCUACCUUUGAGGCCUUCUGCGAAAACCACGACGCCUCUUCUUCCUUUGCCGACCAGGCCUAUCUCGCCCAGUACGAAUCGAUUGUUCGCACCUACGCUUCGCUUGCGUCAACCCGGGAAAACCCUGGGAAGGGUGCGUCUAGCAAGCCUGUGCUGAUGCGAUGGAGGAAUGCCGGCCUCGAGGCCAUCAGGAGCGUCUCGUCUUCAGAAGCCUUGUCUACCGUCACAGGUCGUCAGUUUGACGUGAUCGUUCCCGUGAUUUUGGAUAACCUUUGGUGGGACGACGACGAGUUGCUCGACACGCUGCUGUCGCGCAUACAGAUGGAGGAAAAGGUCCAGACCGAGAGGCUCCGCCGUAGGACGAGUGCCGGAACUGUCGAGACUGGCGGCACUGGCGGCGAAGCCAACCCUAUUGCCCUGACAGGCACCGCAUUUGAUGUGGACAAGCUGGCAGAAGAGGACAUCGGGGUUCUCGCCAUGCAGUGCUUGAAGCAGAUCUUCGUCGUACCCAACCGACCACAGAUUCACUCCGCCACCGGCUGCCUUUUUCAGUUCAUCGAAAGUCGUAUCGCAAACGGCAACACUGUCCUCAAGACGGACGAGAAGUCUGGCAAGGACCACGGAUGGGCAAUCAGCAUUUACAGCGCCAUUGCACGAUGGGCGCCCGUUCAAGACCGCUACGUCAUCCUGGUAACCGCCAUGGACCAUCUGUUGAAAUCGCCUGUCAAGGACGACAAUCUGAAGCUGCAUCUUACAUUGACGGCCAUGAUUAGAUCCCUUCUGCGCUCCGAUAUCAACUUGAUUGGACUGAGCGCCAUGGACGUUCUGUUGGGGCUUGUUCAGCAUAUGAAGAAGCUCAUCCAACUACCCGGCGGCUUUGGUCGAGUGGAAGGGGAGGCCGAAGAAACCCCCUCUAAUCUGCAGGGCUCCGGGGACGUGUUCGCACAACGAAGAGAACUUCUUGAACGAAUCCAGACUUGCAUUGGAGACCUUGCAACGCACGUCUACUACGCAGACCAGAUCUCGGAUAUGAUCUCGACGAUCCUUCUCCGUCUCAAGCCCUCGAAAUCCUCGAGCACCAGCUCCUCGCCUCAGCUGGAGAAUGCCGAGCAACCAUCCUCGGAUGACUUGAACUCUAGCCAGCCUCAAUUGGAAACCAUUCUUUCCCGUAACGUAGGCAAGACGGCUGCUUUGAAGGCCAUCAAGAACAUCCUCCUUGUUGCGAACCCGCGGGCGCAGAUGUCUGGCAAUCUGAACCUUUCAAGAAACAGAGUACCGAUUCAGGUCUGGGAAAACACGCAUUGGCUUCUGCGGGAUCCGGAUGGGGAGGUGAGGAAAGCCUACGUUGAUGCGCUGUUGACCUGGCUGGACCGCGAAACGACGCCGGCGGACUCGAAAGCACGAGACGAAAGCGCACAACAUUACCGAGCUUCGCUCAAGAACAGUCGCGAGCUUCAGCCGUCCAAUGUUGCUCAACGUGCCGCCUCAAACGCCUCAACCCGCGAGAAGCCGUCGCGGCGGCGUACGCACUUCCUGCAGCUCCUUCACAUCGCAAUUUACGACAACGCACUGCAAUACGUUGACUACGAUCCCGACAUUGUGCUCCUCCACGUGCUGCUCACUAAGCUGGUAUUCCAGUUAGGUGUCAAUGCAGUCCAGUACGGGUUGCCCAUGGUGUUCCGUCUUCAGGAGGACAUCCCAGACGCGGAUCUUCCAGUGCAAAAGGUCCGUCUUGGCAGUCUCUGCCACGGAUACUUCUGGGCAGUGACUGAGAAGUUCGACAUUGAGAACUCGGCCGUCGGGCGUGCAAUCACCAACGAAGCGCAGCAAGCAUUUCUGGACCGAGGGCGUGUCCAUCCCCCCCCUGGACUGGAUUUCGUUGGCACCCCUGGGGUUCCCAAGCUGCAGACGAAGUUGCCGUCCACCGAGGUCGAAAGUGAAGCACUGCUGCCAUUUGAUGAUCGGGCAUCGCUUGUUGAGAGCAUCGCUGUGAGUUAUGCAGACACGAGCAUCUCUCCGCCAAACAGUCCUCCUCAAUCUCCAGGCCGUAACUUCUCGCACCCUAUUCUCAACUCCUCGGUCACCACAGCACCUGCAGCACCCGGGACAGAGUUACCCACCGCUUUCCGUGAACACAUGCUUACAGACUGGUCAAGGGAUGCGGCUAUGUUGGCGCUACAGGCGGGAAGCAAGUCGGAGUCUUUGGCUGGUUCGAAAAGUGGCACUAUGGGAACCGGCCGACACCACCUGACAGUCAACGGCGCUAACGGCCACGGGCAACCCGGCGAGUCGUCACCGCUUGGCAGCCAACGCAAUCUCCGUCCGAACUCGGCCCAAGUGCCUGGAGGCUUGUCUCCCAUGAGGCAGCUGCGCAAGUCCAGCGUUCGGAGUGGUGUAUCGCCCUCACCGUCGGACUCUAGCCGGGGUGUAGUUCCGUCUGUCGACCAGCUGAAGAUGGUCUUGACAGGCCAAGUGCCGGCAACACCCAUUGGCACCUCAGCUGGGCUGCACCACGACAGUGAUAGCGACAGCAUGGUCAGCUACGACUUUACGCCAUCCGAGCUUAGCUUCAAUCCGGCGGCAUCACAGACAGAAAACGGCGAUGGGGCUCCUCUUGGGCGGCAACGGUCUUCAUCUCAGUCACGCAAGGGUGGACCGUUGAACUCGAACCCUCUGUAUGAGCACAACGAGGACGAGGAGGUGCCGCCUGUGCCACCACUACCCAAUCAUAUUGGCGGGCUGGCAUCUUCGAUUUCAAUCCAGGAUUAUGCGGUCAAGCCAGCGAAAAGAAACCUGAGUAGUCGCGGCGGUGAUAGUUUGUAUCACGGGUCAGCAAAAGGGGAUGGGAGCUUUCCAAUGGUCUCGGGCGGGGGAAUGGAUCUACACGAACUUCUCAACGGAAUCGACAGCAAGGCGGGCGAGCUCAGUUUAGGGAAUGUCACGAAGCCGCCCUACUAA